AUGGUGUACUCUCUGACCUACCGACGGCCUUCUCACGUCACUGCUUCAUCUCGCGACUCGCUCAACGGCGACGAAAAGCAGAAGUCCAUCAACGAUUCGAUCCAGUCGGGCACCUCUGCGUUGAGUCAUGGAAUUCCGGCAGCCCUUGGCUUCGAUCGCAUCGUGGAGGGAGGCACUUGCCCUCCCGUUACCCUUCGAGAGUUCAUGAAUUACCUCAAGUACAUUGAGUACUCAGCAGAGAACCUACAAUUUUUCUUAUGGUUUCGUGACUACACCGCCCGGUGGGAGAAGCUGAAGGAGAGCGAGAAAGCACUCGCUCCAGAGUGGUCUGUCUCUGCUGAGACUGACAACACAGUCGCACCGUCUCGGCCCAAACGAGUAGCUCCACAGAUCGCAGAGGUGCUCAACAAGACGGACCUUGGUGACUCACGCAAACCUACUGUAGAUCGAGCUGAUCCCUUCAAUACACCGCCCGCAUCGCUUUCCUUCGACAGCAAGCGAGACGGAGCCUCUGACAACGCCUCAUCCGUCAGUGAUGAGAAGACACUCCUUGGUAGUGCAAAUAGCAAUCACCGUGCACUGACUGAACAAGCAUUUGAGGAGGCCGGAAUGAAAUGGAAGCCAUGUAAGCUGACCCACAUUUGCAUGAAUAGCCUUACUACUCAACCCUAUCGCGACGAGGUCUCCAGAAUUGUGAGCAUAUAUAUCGCCGACGGAAGUCCUCGUGAACUCAACUUGUCCUCUCGCGAGAGACAGGCUGUCCUCCACGCGUUACAGCACACGACGCAUCCGUCUGCAUUCAGGAGCAUAGUGACGACCGUUGAAUACUCGCUCCGCAAGCAAGCUCAUCCAAACUUCAUCAGAUGGACCAUCUGCAAUGGCAACCGACCGCGCGUCGUCUUCGCUCGCGGUCUUGGCGUUGCUGGUAUCCUUGCAGGUUUCCUUGCAGAUCUACUCAUCACACUCAGUCAUGCCGGACGCGGCUGGAGAGUUCUCCCCAUCAUAGGAUGGAUGAUUGGCAUUUCGACGCUAAUCGCAGCAUGGAAAGGAAUGUGUGUGGUACUGCACGGCAUGCAUCACAGACACGUCAGGCCCUGGGAGCUGUUUGCCGACGAGUCGGAGGAAGUCGCAAAUGACAAGUUUUCGUCCCACGACGACCUGCUCUCCAUUUCGGGCAACUCGUUCGAGGAAGAGCCGUGGGUGCCGCGCUACAAAAAGCGAAACGUUGUCCGCAAGAUUUUCGACCGCGAAGUUUGGAUCCAGGAGCCUGCACUGCGACAAAUCCAGGACACGAUCUUUGUGCAAGCAAUUCUUGGUUCUUUCGUUCUCUCAUGCAUCUUCGUUGGCAUCUUUCUUGCGGUGCCUCGCGGCAAUCUGUUCUAA